AUGGAAGGUGUAAGAUUUGUGCUUUGGAGAUUUGGGUUUCUGGUUUUGAUAUUGUUCCUUGAUGUCUCCACUGCUACACUUUCUCCUACUGGUGUUAACUAUGAAGUGACGGCUUUGGUGGCUAUAAAGAAUGAAUUGAAUGAUCCAAACAAUGUUCUUGAGAAUUGGGAUGUGAAUUCAGUUGAUCCAUGUAGCUGGAGAAUGAUCACUUGCACUGAUGGUUAUGUUUCUACACUAGGACUUCCAAGUCAAAGCUUGUCUGGUACAUUGUCCCCUAGAAUCGGAAACCUCACCUAUCUACAGUCUGUGUCGUUGCAAAACAAUGCAAUCUCUGGUCCAAUUCCUGAUACGAUUGGGAGGUUGGAGAAGCUUCAGAUGCUCGAUCUUUCCAACAAUUCAUUCACCGGAGAGAUCCCAACCUCGCUUGGAGAACUCAAGAACUUGAAUUACUUGCGGUUAAACAAUAACAGUCUUUUAGGAACUUGCCCUGAGUCUCUAUCCAAGAUCCAAGGACUCACUCUAAUCGACGUUUCGUAUAACAAUCUUAGCGGUUCGCUGCCAAAAGUGUCUGCAAGAACUUUCAAGGUGAUCGGAAACACGUUAAUCUGUGGCCCUAAAUCUGUUGCAAACUGUUCUGCUGUCUUCCCUGAGCCUCUCACGCUUCCACAAGAUGUUCCAUCAGAUGACUCAGGAACUCAUACCACUGGCCAUCACGUAGCUCUUGCGUUCGCUGCAAGCUUCAGCGCAGCGUUCUUUGUCAUCUUCACAAGCGGAAUGUUUCUUUGGUGGAGAUAUCGCCGCAACAAGCAAAUCUUUUUCGACGUUAAUGAACAAUAUGAUCCAGAGGUGAGUCUAGGUCAUUUGAAGAGGUACACAUUCAAAGAGCUAAGAUCAGCGACGAACCAUUUCAACUCCAAGAACAUCCUCGGAAGAGGCGGAUACGGGAUUGUGUACAAAGGUCACUUAGGAGAUGGAUCUUUGGUGGCUGUGAAACGUCUCAAAGACUGUAACAUUGCAGGAGGAGAAGUCCAGUUCCAGACGGAAGUAGAGACGAUAAGUCUGGCUCUUCACCGGAAUCUCCUCAGGCUUCGUGGCUUCUGUAGUAGCAACAACGAGAGGAUCUUGGUCUACCCUUACAUGCCAAAUGGAAGCGUUGCUUCACGCUUAAAAGAUUAUAUCAAAGGAGAGCCAGCGUUAGACUGGUCGAGAAGGAAGAAGAUUGCGGUUGGGACAGCGAGAGGAUUAGUGUAUCUUCAUGAGCAGUGUGACCCGAAGAUCAUUCACCGAGAUGUGAAAGCGGCGAACAUUCUUCUGGAUGAGGACUUUGAGGCUGUUGUUGGGGAUUUUGGGUUAGCCAAGCUUCUUGAUCAUAGAGACUCGCAUGUCACAACCGCGGUGCGUGGAACGGUAGGUCAUAUUGCGCCUGAGUACUUGUCCACUGGUCAGUCCUCGGAGAAGACUGAUGUGUUUGGGUUUGGUAUACUUCUUCUUGAGCUCAUUACUGGUCAGAAAGCUCUUGACUUUGGCAGAUCCUCACACCAGAAAGGUGUUAUGCUUGAUUGGGUGAAGAAGCUGCAUCAAGAAGGGAAGCUAAAGCAAUUAAUAGACAAAGAUCUAAGUGACAAGUUCGAUAGAGUGGAGCUCGAAGAAAUCGUUCAAGUGGCGCUUCUCUGCACUCAGUUUAAUCCAUCUUAUCGACCUAAAAUGUCUGAAGUCAUGAAGAUGCUUGAAGGCGACGGCUUGGCUGAGAGAUGGGAAGCUUCACAGAACGGUGCGGCAGAGUCUCUGCCACCGCCGUUGCCGUCGGGGAUGGUGAGUUCUUCGCCGCGGAUGAGAUAUUACUCCGAUUAUAUCCAAGAGUCUUCUCUUGUCGUCGAAGCCAUUGAGCUCUCUGGUCCUCGAUGA